AUGUGCUUUCAAAUCGCCACUAUUACUACUAAUGCUCGGAAGGCACGCACUGUAUGUUGGAAACAGGCCAAUCCUACUAACCUACGGCCUGUCCCUCGGUCUUCUACUACUUUACUCUCUAUUCCAAUUGGUCUCUGGAACUGCCAGUCUGCUGUAAACAAAGCGGACUUUAUUCCUUCUAUUGCUACUCAUUCCGGUCUUAACCUCAUGGCCCUAACUGAGACUUGGAUCAAACCUGAGGACACUGCCACUCCUGCAGCACUCUCCACUAACUUCACUUUUUCCCACACCCUUCGCACACUUGGGAGGGGUGGAGGUACGGGCCUCCUUAUUUCAAAUGAAUGGAAAUUUGAGCUUCUACCAUCUCUUACAGGCAACAGCUCAUUUGAAUCUCAUGCAAUUACUAUUACCUACCCUGUUAAAAUCCACUUUGUAGUUGUGUAUCGUCCCCCAGGUCAACUGGGUAACUUCUUGGAGGAGCUGGAUGUAUUACUGUCCAACUUUCCUGAGGAUGGUACUCCUCUUUUACUGCUCGGUGACUUCAACAUCCACCUAGAAAAACCCCAGGCUGCUGACUUCAACACUCUUCUCACUUCAUUUGACCUCAAGCGAGUGACUACUAUGGCUACUCACAAAUCAGAACAAUCUUCUGGACAACUACCAAUCUGGUUUCAGAAGCGGCCACUCUACUGAGACUGCCCUACUCUCGGUUACAGAGUCCCUGAGACUGGCAAGAGCGGCUUCCAAAUCCUCUGUAAUCUCUCAGAAGGAU